CGUCAUGCUCCGGGCACACACUUUGAGAAGUUCGGACGCAAGAACGUACACCCUCUAUCUAAGCAGUUGUCGUGCGGCAGGACACCCUCGGAGAAUGGAUCGCAAUCCACAAGAGUAGCUAUUACGGUUACCCCCCAAACCUGGAAGACAUAACCCCGCCAACCCGACACUGUCCACUACAACUUCAGUGUUCGAUAUCUCGGGAUCGAGCUUAUCAAACCAUGGCACCACGCGCAAUGGACAUCGCAUCCUUCGCUACGACCCAACUCACACUUCUAGAUGCCGAACUACAAGCCGAGCUGUCAGAAACCAACGCCCUUCUCUCGUCCCAUACGCCGACCGCCCUCUCGCGCGCCGGACUAGCAAUCCUUAACCUCAACAUAUCUUCUCUGCGCACCGGUCUAGGAGGCAAGACUGUGGUGGAACUAUGCCUGGAUCCUGCGGUCGUCACAAAGGGUGAAAAGCCCGAUAUACCAGAACAUGGGAUUCGAACUGGGGAUAUCGUAGGACUGCAAGAACAGCCUGCCGGAGGCGCCAAGAAAACGGAGAAGCGCGAUCUGGCGAAGAAGGGCGUGGAAGGCGUGGUCCUUCGAGUGCGGAGGGAGAAUAUUGAAAUCGUUCUUGACAAGGAGGAUGCGGAGGUUCCGACCGGUGGGAAGCUGUGGCUGGUCAAGUUGGCAAACGAUAUCACAUAUAAGAGGAUGAACCAGACUAUGGCCAGGCUUCAGAAGUUGCAAGAGCAGGAAUAUACGCCUUUUAUCCGUGUCCUCUUCGGUCAAGGGUCGCCGUCACCGGUUCCAUCCGAUAUCAAUGAUCCCUCGCACCCAUUGCACAAGCUGGAAUGGAAGGAUCCUACACUGAAUGAUAGCCAGAAAGAGGCUAUUCGGUUUGCCCUGGCUUCCAGGGAAGUUGCUCUGAUUCACGGCCCGCCUGGCACGGGAAAAACGCACACUCUCAUAGAGCUAAUCCUGCAAAUGCUGAAGCAGAAUCUGCGCCUUCUGGUCUGUGGGCCUUCCAACAUAUCAGUUGACAAUAUCGUCGAACGGCUAGCGCCACAUAAGGUCCCAAUGAUACGGUUAGGGCAUCCAGCUCGGCUUCUUCCUUCUGUGCUCAAUCAUUCACUGGACGUCUUGACAAGAACAUCAGAGGCCGCAGCUCUCGUGCAGGAUAUCCGUCAAGAACUGGACGAGAAGCAAGCAUCUAUCCGCAAGACGCGGAACGCGAAGGAGCGACGUCAGAUCUACACUGAAAUGAAGGACCUCCGCAGGGAGUACAAGGAGCGAGAGAAAGGCUGUGUCGAAAACUUGGUGAGAGGCAGUAAGGUUGUACUCGCCACACUGCAUGGCGCUGGCGGGUAUCACCUCAAGGGCCAGGAAUUCGACGUUGUCAUCGUGGACGAGGCAUCUCAGGCCCUGGAGGCGCAGUGCUGGGUUCCCCUGCUAUGGGUUAAAGCAUCUAAGCUGGUGCUUGCCGGCGAUCAUCUACAGCUGCCGCCUACGAUCAAGUCACUGAACUCCAAGGCAAAUAAAGCAGCGAAGAAGGAUCCAAUAAAGAAUAAUGACAAGAAAACCAAGGUGCCCAAACCUGAUGCUGGUGAGGAUAAUGCGGAGAACGGUGUAAAGCCGGUGGUGGCAGAGAGCUCUCCAACGUUGGAAACAACGUUAUUCGAUAGGCUACUGGCCUUACACGGUCCGUCCAUCAAACGCAUGCUAACAACGCAAUACCGCAUGCAUGAGAAAAUCAUGCGGUUUCCGUCAGACGAGCUAUACGAAUCGAAACUCAUCGCCGCCGAUUCCGUCAAGGAUAGGCUGCUCAAGGACCUACCGUAUGAGGUUGCGGACACAGAAGAUACGCGCGAGCCCCUCGUCUUCUGGGAUACGCAGGGCGGUGAUUUCCCCGAGAAGACGGAAGAUGAUGAUAUUGCUAAGGGCGGCAAGGGGAUGAGUCUGGGUGAUAGCAAGAGCAAUGAAGCAGAGGCUGCGCUGGUUAAGCUGCAUGUUGGCCAUCUAAUCGAUGCAGGUGUCAGAGCCGAAGACAUUGCAGUCGUGACCCCAUAUAAUGCGCAGCUCGCCAUCCUAUCACAGCUCCUCAAGGAGGCCUACCCAGGCAUUGAAUUGGGGUCCGUCGACGGCUUCCAGGGCCGCGAGAAGGAAGCCGUGAUAGUCUCUCUCGUGAGAAGCAAUGCGGACCACGAGGUGGGCUUCCUGGGCGAAAAACGAAGGUUGAACGUGGCAAUGACACGGCCCAAGCGGCACCUCUGUAUUAUCGGUGAUGCUGAGUGCGUUGGCCGGUGAGUGUUCCCUUUGACUGCAUUGUCUUGGCUUGGGUCUAAACGUGUUUUCCUUUCGUCGUACAACCCCUAUAUACAGUUAAAGGGCAACCUGGGGCAUGCAGUGCUACAGGUCGAAACUCGCGUCGAGGGGCGCCGUUUGGCUGACCACGCACAUUCUCUAGGGGCAGCAAGUUCCUGAAGAACUGGAUGGACUUCCUCGAGGAAAAUGCCGAUUUGCGAUACCCCAAUCUCGCGGACGUCUACGUGGACGAACAAAAGGCUGGAUGAGGGGACUGACGAGGCAACUUGAC